AUGAGGCUGAAGGGUUCAAAUGGAGGACAGGAUGUGGACGAAGUCAUCCACCUUACAUCUCAGCUUUUUGGAGCGGGGAAGCAAAGCUCCAGCAAGCCGGGUCACUUGUCCGAGACUUCAGAGAAUAACGCAGAUUGUGAAGAUGAGCUCAGAGGAAAGCAGAUACUUCAGGAAGAAGUACUUAGGAAUAUAAAGUCAAUCUGUGGACUGAUGAGGGCUUUAUGCAAAGCAGCCCAAGGGCCAUCCUUGCCUAGCCCUCGUUUUGAAAAAGCAGUUUUGCCCUGCUCCAGAUAUGUUAGUCAUAUGAAGAAUUUUUCUACAUUCCAAAAUAUGGAUAAAUUAUAUUUGCUGCCAUUUUCAGAAUUUGCAGGGUUUCAUAAUCCACUGACAAGUAAAAGACUACUUUACCCUCACCAGUACAUAAUUCCCAAUACCCCUGCGAGCACACUUUCUUUGGAUGAAGACAUUUGUGGAGAAGCCUGCCCUUGCUUGUCACCAUCCAGUGCAGUGGAUGAGGAGGGCCUGUUCUUUUCUGUCAAAGAAGAACUACAGAAAAAAUCUAGAAGACCAUUCAGGCAGGUCUGGGUCAGCCCAUUUGUGAAAAUGCAAGCUGCAAAUAAGGCUCUUAAAAAAUCAUACUCAGUGAAUACCAUUUCUCUGGAAGCUGAAGGAAGACAUAUACAACUUCAGAACCAUCCCCUGAGCAAGUCCAAAAGAGAUCCUGGUCGUGUGUCGAGACCUUUCACGGCCAUUGGUCUCUGCAGGAGGGCCAGCCAGAACGCCUCCUACCAGCAAACCAGCUCUAAGACUUCCUCCUCGCAAACUAAGCAGCAGGACAAGGAGACAGCCUCGGGGCCGCCGACAAACACGGAUUUCCUAACCGUGUGCGGAAGUUCAUUAACAAGAGGCUCGGGUGCCGCAUCACCAGAGAGGAUCCCCAGGAAUCUUCAUCUCCCCACAGAAUGGAGGUCAAAGGCAGCUCUCUUCUUCCAUACCCGUUCCCGUGCGGCCAAAGAGCCCCUGCCUCUGCUCGUGGGUUCUCCUACCCGUUUGUUUUCCUCCCCGGCCCCGCGCCCACCCCAGCGUUUCCAUACGACUUGUUCACAGACUGUGAGGCCAGUGGUGAAUGCUCAUUUACAAUGA